AAAGUUACGAUCCGUUUUUGUUCGUAAAAGUUUCAAACAAUUUAUAUUUUGAAAUAAAGAUCGAACGCAAAAGUUGAAAAGAUCGGAGCAGUAAUCCUUCUCCUCAAGUUUCUUAAAGCACCCUUAUUUUGUGUUUUGUUUUUGCUUGUUAAGUCGGAUUUCGUUAGUUAAGUAAUACGUUACAAAGAAUUGUAACGCAAAUUGUAAUGUUUAUAUUUUGCUGGUUGAUUAUCUGGAGUAAUUUUUGUUAAUUUCAUUAUUUCUCCUUGUGACUAUGUCUUCAAAGCAGCCCAGGAAAAAACGUCGGAUUGAUGAUGACGUAGGGGAAGGUUGCGUGGUUCAUUGUAACGCCAAAACACUCUUUGAUUCAACGAUGUAUCACAGAAAGCUGGAGCCAAAGAAAAACCUGGGGAAUGCUUCCUCUUCAUUCGUCAAAGCUUCUGACCUUAUUAAGACCUCUCUGAACAAAAAUAGUCCAAGUACGUCGACAUGCGCAACUGUGGACCUUGAAAGUUCAGAUUCUGACUCGAAUAUGUUCGAAACCCUCACCCCCAAAAGGUUACGUAAAUCAGAUGCGACUGUAAUUGCUAAAGACAAAUUUCGUAGUGCUAGUAAAAUACCUGUGCCGACGGGUGCCCGGCAUUUGAGAUCUAGAACCGUCUCUGGCUCAGGUAAAGCAUCGAGGGGUAAAAUUUCUAAUUACUUCAAGCCUGUACCUGGUACUAAGUCAAAGAAAAUUCUUGCAAAGUCUGUCAGAGAUGUAAGAAGGGCGGUUGAUGAUAAAAAAUUGGGAGAGAGCAGAAAUGAGAUGUUUUUUAAAAAGGUGCAGAAUUGUUACGGUCUUUUUGGAGAUCUGGAAGAGUGUGAUGAGGAUCAGCCUAAUUACUUUGAGAGGCUGCCCGAGCACAUUAUCGAAACCAUCUUGUGUCAAAUCCCCAUGCUCGAUUUGUUGAACUGCCGUUGUGUGUCUAAGUUGUGGAAUUCUGUCAUUAAUAAUUCUAAGUUCAUAGAUUGGAAGAAGCUGUACUAUAAAAUAAAAAUGAAAGAUUCACGUGCAUUACUCGUGAUAAAACAUAAAGCUCACAAAUAUGGACUGAAAAAUGUUGAGGAUGCAUUCAUAGUGUUUAUCAAAUAUAUGAGUGAAGGGUUUUUGCGAAAACCUUCAAGGGGCAUGUAUGAUCUUUUAAUCAAAAAUGAGAAAGCAGUGAUAGCUGAAUUAGUGCUAGAAGAACGAUUUCCUGAUCUAUGCAAAAAA